UAGAGAACUUUCGACGUAGUGUUUGACAUCAAACCUUUUUUUUCCCAGUGAUAUUAUUAAUGGCGGCUUAUAAGAUACAUUGGUUUUUACCUAAAUCCUCGAAUCUUCUCUUACAUUCGUCAUGUUCUACGACGACAUUUUAAUGAAAUACAUCGUAACGUCGAAUCAAGUGGCAGGUGUGAAAUGUGCUUCGAAUAAUCAUCCGUGAAGAAGGGAGAAGGAUGAAUCACAAUUCUACAAUAACGUUUGUCUGCGGUAUAAUAUGUACGCUUAUACUGGAGUUUUACUUCUUCAAGAGAUAUCUGGAAACAGGACCUUUGGCAAAGCCACCAGAAAAGACAAUGAAACAUGGACAAGCUCAGCUACCUCAGGAAUUACUUGAUAAAAUGCAAGAUGAAAAAACGAAUCUUAAUAGCAAUAUCGUUCGACAAAGUAUUUAUCAAGGAAAUGAAAAUUUAGCAAUAAAUCUUACUUUGCAAUUUCUUUUCAACGAAUUGCGAGACGCGGAACGCGUUCGUCUCUGGCUCUAUAGAAAAUUGAACAAUGAAUUCAAAGAGCUCUUAACGCAAUCGACUACUGGAAAAUUACUUGAUAGCGUAAAGUUAAGAGAUUUGAAUCUGGGCACACAGUUUCCAACGAUAAAGGGCUUGGAAGUAGCCGAUUCUAAGAUAGACGCUGACACUGGAUUAUUGGAAUCAUUGGACUUAUCCCUCGAUUUACAUUAUUCGGGAAAUUUUCAAAUGUCAAUAGACGUUAAAAUGUUGUUGGGAAAAACGGCGUACAUGGCUUUACAAGUGAAACGUGUUACUGGUCGAGCAAGAUUGCAAUUCACGCGCGUACCAUAUACGCAUUGGUCUUUAAGCUUCUAUUCGGAUCCCAUUUUGGAAUUGGAAGUGCAAUCCCAAUUCCAAGGUCGCCAAUUGCAACCACAAAUAAUAUCAUUAAUUACUGGACAAAUAAGAAGGGCCGUACGUCGGAAACAUACGUUACCACGAUACAAGAUGCGUUAUAAACCGUUCUUUCGCAGACUAAACGAUGAAGUUAUCGAUCUAUCAGAAGUCGCCGGUGUGCAGAUCAAUCCAGGAUGCUUGGAAGUUACGUUAUUGGAAGUUAGUCGAUUAAACGUUGGACCUAACAUGGUUAAUGCAGAAGACGUCUCUCAAAUAGAGGUGCAUUGCACGAUGAGCAUAGACUCAACGCCUUGGGUACAUUUAACGCAAUAUAAUGGAGUAACGUACAUGAUAUUAGAUUUAAUUAUUAGUAAAACUAGUUCGCAGCAGCUUGGUGUAGUAUUUAAACAAGAGCUUGUUCCUGAAAUUGGUCAAGUAUGCGUACUCGUUGAAACUAUAGUAUCUGCAAGUCCGGCUGCCAUAGCCGAGAUGAGAAAAGGUGACAUUUUAAUAGCCGUCGAUGGUAAAAAGGUAAACAAUAUGAAUCAAGUCGCAAAACUUGUUAAAAGUGCUGUACAGAGACGUUUCAUUAUUAGAGUCGAAAGGAAAUAUCUCAAAGUAGAUACGGAGAAACAAGCUUGUAUUAUUAAAUCUGACAGUGAGAUAAAGUCUGGGAUGGAAAAGAUUUCAGAAAGGAGAACUGAUGCGAUAGGGACAAAAGGAGAUGGUACGAUCGAUGAUAUCAGUAAAGUGAAAUUCGAAGCUCCAAUGAAAUUCUUAGAGCCAAAAGAUACGGACGGCGAGAGUGUAAUAGACAGGUCUGAAUUUUCUAGUAGAUUGUUCAGAAGAAGGAGGAGUAGUAGCACGCAUAUUUCCGAAGAAACAACUCAACAAAUGCCUGAAACACCAUCGAGAAGAAUUUCAACGGCUUCGAGUCAAUCGACAACAUCCGGCAACAUUCAGUUUUGCCCUAUCGACGAUAAUAAUGUCACUAAUUUGUCUGAUUUGUAUUACACCACGAAGGAAAAGGGAUAUGCCUCUUUGAUCACUUUCGAGGAAACUAGAAAUUUCCAGAUAGACUCGGAACAGCAUUAUUUAAAUAUAGGUGUAUGGGGCCGCGUUAAAUCUAACGAAUAUACUCCUAAAUUAUUAGGAUACAUUAAUGCCCCUAUAAAAUUGAUCGUAGCGCAGUGUGCUAAGUCGUCGACAGGUCAUUAUCUUAAAUGUCAUCCACUGUUGCCACCUGAAAGUGCUUCUUUAGCAACGUCCAGUAAUAAAUUACAAGGGUACUCUGGUUUUGAUCCUACUCUAUGCUUCGGGGACAUUUUAAUGUCGUAUAUGUGGGAAAGCAGUGUGCCAAAUAGCCAUAUCACGAGCGAAUCUGUAAAAAAGGAUAAUGUAGAAGCUAUUAUUAGACCUCAGCCAAUUCAGAAUGAAGAGGUAGCUGAAAGGAAAGUGCAUGAUUUCAUUAGGACGCACUUCCACAGAGCGACUCACUGCGAUUUUUGCACGAAAAAGAUUUGGUUAAAGGAUGCGAUACAGUGCAGGGACUGCGGUAUGGUAUGUCAUAAGAAAUGUGAGGUUCGUUGUCAAGCGUCAGGGAUAUGUGGUUCGGAAACCACAUUAGCUACCCUGGCAUUAGAGGCCGACGAAAUAGAGCCCAUCGCUAUUGUCGGCGAGUCUAGUCCGGAGAUAUCUCUUACCGGUUGUGAAGAUAAUGUUCAGGGUGCAAGUAUGAUGGCCAUGAAGGCUAGUAUAGCUAACACACUCUUGGGCCUCAAGAAGGCUGGAAGUACCAGUUGUCUGGCUCCACCAACUUCCGGUAUCGGUCUGGCAUCUAGAAGUCUUCCCCCAAGUCCCUGUGCAUCCCGCAAGAGUUCAUUGGUUGGAGGUUUGGGUAUAAGUCCUGAACUUUUGGAAGGUGCUGAACCAAGCGUGGCAGCUCCACUUGUCGCAGGAGAUUUGGACGAUGGUCUUAUGUCUAGAGCCAAAGAUACUGGAAAAUUCUUAUACAAGUAUUUCGAGCCAUUGGAACGUGUCGAGAAGAUCAAUGACAUGAUAGGAAAACUAAAAACUGCCCUGGAUGCUGAAACUACCUCAAGAUUAGAAUUAUCUCAAAGCGGAGAGAACGAUAGUAUAAAAUUAAUUAUACAGAGCGAUUUACGAGUGCAGGCCUUGAGUGUCUUACUUCUUCAUUAUUGUGCUGGCUUGCAACACGCGCAAGAGGCAUUAGAGAAAGCUAAAAACGAAAAUUGAAUCACCAAACUGCAAAGAUAUGAAACGAAGAGAGAGAGAGAGAGAGAGAGAGAGAGAGAGAGAGAGAGAGAGAGAGAGAGAGAGAGAGAGAGAGAGAGAGAGAGAGAGAAAUGUUCAUAUAUUUCCUGAUUCUCGAAUAUUCUACAUUAGUCAAUUAGUGAAUUUAUAAUAAUACUCUGAUAUAGGAUAUUUUUAUUUUAGACUCGAGAUACUGGCUUGAUUAAAAAUUAUUACACGCGUGAACAUAUUUAUCCGUAUAAAUAUUACUCUCUGAUUGUGAAGUUAUAAUACUCAAAAAUAUCUAGUUGUGAUAAAUGAUUGAAAUCUCCUAGUAAACACCAAAUGCUAAGACUUAUAUUUAUGAUAAAUUGUAUAUUUGUAGAAAACCGAGUACAAGAUAUGUUUCGCUACAUAGCCAUACAUGUCUCUGUGUGUGCGUGUGCGUCUGCGUAAGCGUAUGUAAUUUAUCAAUGGAGUAUAACUAGAACAGAAUAAUGUCUUUUACAUGUGUGAUGCAAUGAAAUAUUGAUUAAAGGAACGAAAUGUAAUGGAACGUGCAUCGAUGUAUUUUCUAAUGUCUCCAUGUGUAUUUUUCUGAAUUUUUUCAUAUUUCUUUAAAUACUCGUGAUAUAAACUUAUAAAUAUUCUAUUUCACAAUCAAAAAAUUAAUCGUAUCGUAACGCAUUAAUUUUGGCCUAACAACUUUAAGUAUUAUUCGUAUAAUGCAACGAAAAAUGUAUAUGAAUCCCGACUGAUUUUCGAUUAAUAUCAGUAGUAUAUUUAGUAAUACAUAAAACAAAUAAUAUCGAUAGAGAUCCAUCCAUCCAGGAUGUACGUUUGUCAAUGUUCGUUUUGCAAAUGUAGCAAAUGUUUAAAAAAACGUCUUGUUAAGGUAUAAGAUAAAUAUAUCCGUUGUAUAAAUAA